GUCGGCCGUCUCAGCAUUGGUAAACCAUUUGAAGAGUGGAGGCUUUUGACAGAGGGCCCUUUCUGGCUCAAACUUUGGGGUAUGUCAUGGGAGAAAAUGGCACAGUAAGCACGAGGUUGGGAUGCUAAUAAAAUCAACGCUAGGCUUCUUCACCAUGCGACUAUAUAACCUCCGAGACAUGUCAUCCGAAAUUGAAACAUUAUCAACCGACGACAUUCCAGCACAACAGAGAACGAAUAUACUUUUGAUCCUCACACCUCAUUACCUAAUUGUUGAACUUCAGCCACCUCUCUUUCCCAGUCAUGAACAAGCUCAUCACAGUCUUGACUCUCGUCUCAGCCGCGUUGGCCCUUCCUCUUACAUCCUACGAUGAAUGUGAGAAGGCUAACAACGCUUGCAUCGCAGCUGGGACACCAGAAGUAGCAUGCUCUUGCACCCUGACAGCUUGUGUUGGCGAAGACAGUGCACGAAUCCGCGAGUACUGUUCUUCUGCCACGGCAUCUCUGGCGCAGCCCACCAAGACAGAGAUUCCAUCUGCCAGCAAGAACGAUACAGUUCCUGUUGAGACCAUCACUCCCAUUCCUGGUAUUCCAGGAGGUUGCAAUCCUGCUCAUCCUGGAUCAUGCCCACCGCCUUACCAUACGGGACUUCCCCCGACCUUCACCCCAAUUCCUAUUGCCCCUGGGGGAUGCAGCCCAGCUCACCCAGAACUUUGCGUUUCAGCUCAUAUCACCUACACUGUGACUUCAGCCGCAACUCACCCUUCCUUUCCCGUCCCGACCAACGGCGUCCAACCAGUGCCUGGUAUAUACCCUGGCCCCAUGCCUAUUUUCGGCAAGACUUGGGCCAUCCAGAAUCUCACGCGUUAUUGCGGUGAAGAUGACGAUGGAUGCGACUAUAACUUCAUAAUUGAGGCUGAUGGCAAGACUGAGAGAUGUACCAUCAUCCGUAUGCCUGGCUCCAAUGCUGCUACAGAAAGUUGGGCCAACGAACCUUGCACUGAUGGAUCGAACUUGAGUAUCUCUUGGGGUUAUGUUACCGAGCCUGCUCCUGCUUUUGCUGUCAUCACCGCCGUGAGAGAUAAGGAACUUGCUUGGUUCGGCGUGAGCGAUGUGAACGGCCAGCAGGUCACAUCAUCGAACCCCUACGGCUCCGGGGACUACGGUACUCUGGGGCCGGAACUGGUUUACGCCUACUAAGCAACGAAGAUGGAUAGUUACGCCUGACCCGGAAAGCGCAAUAGAGAUGGAUGAUUUGAUGAGGAGCUCUUGUGAUGGGAACAGGAUAAUAUUGGAAUAAUAGAUUAUACAGCUGGAUUAAAAUGGUACUUUGCUAUAGGCAAUUGUAAUAGAAACGGUUAGCAGGAAUUGAAUACAAGCUUGUAUCAUUUUACUGCUUGAGUUGUCACUCAUGAG